AUGUCCAAUUCAUUCUUCAAUGACUCCUUCCCUACCCUUCCCCACCCUGUACUCAAAGCUGAAGAUAUCGAGAAAAGCAUGUUUCCCAUGCCUCAUUGGAGGAACCCCAAUGCUCUGAGAAAGACGACUUGUCUAUCCGAUAAAGUCGGAAUGGCAAAUACAGGUGUAGCUGUCCAUAAAUCAUCUUUAGGUCCAAACAUAGAAUCUACCGCAAUUCAUUAUCACCUUUCCAACACAGAAUGGAUAUACAUCCUCUCCGGUUCAGCCAUCCUCCAACUGGUCGACGCUUCUCUUCCAAUCCUCAAUCCUUUCCAGCCCGCUUCACAGGUCCAGGGGACGGAGAGGGGCGACUUCAUCGGUUUUCCUGGAGGGGUAGGCGCGUCAAGAUACGCUCAUGGACUGAAAGCAGGAGAAGAGGGGUGCGAGUAUCUGGUGGGUGGGGAUAGAGGUGGAUCAGGUGUGACGCAUUAUCCUUUAGCAAAUGCCUCGGAUAUUUGGGAAAGAAGUUAA